GUUAUUUGGGAAGUUCGGCGUUUAACAUUGAGUGAACCAGCCCUGAAGUUCGGUUCGAUUCGAUUCGUUUACGCUGCCGUGGACCGCUGACAACUGGAAAAGCACUGAACCCUGGACUGGACUCGGAGAGUAACAGCCCGUCCACAGUAGACACAUUUUGAUUUGUAUUCUUGAUAAUGUGGAGGAUGUGACCUAUGACAAUAUUUUAGUAUGUUCCCAGGACGUAAAAUUCGCUUUAAACCCCCAGAAAGGACUCCCCGUAAUUCUAAGAAACUGGAAGAAUUAAACAGUAAAAGCAAUGGGAAGGAUGCUGACAAGCAGCCAUCUCUGCUACAUUUCUUGGGUGUGGAGCUUACACGUGGAUAUUUGUUGGAAAAUGAUGAAGAACGUUUCUCAGCCAGGAGGGAGAAAAUAUACUCUUUUAUGAAAAUUCCACGAGAAGUUGAAAAAUUUAUGGCUUAUGGGUUCUUUCAGUGUGCUGAUUCUUUCCUUUUUGUUUAUACUUUCCUUCCGAUGAGGUUUGGUUUGGCUUUGUGGUCGGUAAUUAGUCGACCAGUUUAUGAAUGUUUUGGUGUUAAAAAGUCUAAAUUUGGAAGUAUUCUGAAACCUGCUGAAGUGUGUGAUCUACUAAAAGCUUUCAUGUUAAUAAUAUGUAGUAUGCUAAUGCUGUACAUUGAUACAUCUAUGAUGUAUCACUUAAUCAAAAGUCAGUCUGUUAUUAAGCUGUACAUAUUCUACAAUAUGUUAGAGGUUGGUGACAGAUUGUUUUCAGCGUUUGGUCAAGACACCAUUGACGCACUCUUUUGGACUGCUACUGAACCACGUGAUAGAAAGAGAGAACAUUUGGGUCUGCUUCCCCACUUGUUUUUUGCCAUUGCUUAUGUUUGUAUCCUUUCAGUAUUAGCAAAUAUUUUCUUACAUAGCUUGCUUGUAUUAUUUCAAGCAACAACACUGAACGUUGCAAUAAAUUCUAAUAACAAAGCUUUGCUGACCAUAAUGAUGUCAAAUAAUUUUGUGGAAUUGAAGGGCAGUGUUUUUAAGAAGUUUGAUAAGAAUAAUUUAUUUCAAGUGUCCUGUAGUGAUGUACGUGAACGGUUCCAUUUGUUUGUACUAUUAUUUAUAGUGGUUUUACAAACAAUGAAAGAAUAUUCUUGGAAAGAAGAGAGGUUCUGGGUUUUGGUUCCUGAUUGUUUAAUGGUUCUUCUUGCUGAGGUGUUAGUGGACUGGAUUAAACAUGCGUUUAUCACAAGAUUCAAUGAACUUCCUGUUGAUGUAUAUCGGGAUUACACCAUAAGUUUGGCCUAUGAUAUGGCACAAACUCGACAAGAGCAUGCCUUUUCAGACCAUUCCGAUUUGGUUGCCCGACGGAUGGGCUUUAUCCCUCUGCCUUUGGGGGUGGUAAUGGUGCGAGUGCUGGCGCAUGCCCUCCACGUAGAGGGCCCUGCUGCUCUAGUGCUUGUCGUCUUGGCAUACUGCUGCCUGGCAUCUUUUCGGGUGCUGAACAGUGUUGUGCUCCUAGGGAAGGCAUGUGAUCUGAUCACCCAGCACCAACACGAACGUGCCCUGUCAUCCCCACAUUCGCAGUCUUCUAGCCGCACAAAUGCCUCUUUCAAUAUUGUGGAGACUGAAAAAUCACCUGUACAAAUUCAAGUAAAAAAUUGUGAUUCACAAUACAGCCCUGUUGCAGAGCAUCCUAGUGUUUGUAGGACACUUAGUGUUAAUGAUGAAUUGUUAUGCCAAAGAUCUGCUUCCCCUAAGAAAGCAGAAAAUGAUUUGCUGAGGGAGAAUCCCCCAGAAUGCAGCCUGGGACCAGCUGCCAUUUUUUCCAACAGUGCUGUUAGCAUUAACAAUGUCUGUCUGAAUGAAGCACUGUUAAAUGAAGUUUGUGAGACAGAGGAAGAAUUUACUAAAGAAAAUGGGAUUAGUACUGAAGCAGUCUGUCUUAGUGAGCCAAAUAUUCAAGCCAAUGUGGAGGCUGAUGUAGGUGCUACAGAUACUGAAAACAGUGCAGCUUGUGAAGAACAUGUUUUGAAAAGAGCUGAAUCAGAACCUUCUCUACCAAGUCUUUCAGAAACGUAGUGUCUUUGUGAUAUCCUUAAUAUCUAUGUCCAAAAUGUGAUGUAAAUACUUUUAUAAAUUGUUUUGCAAUUUUAAUUUAAUGUUCUUGUUUUGUUUGCUGUGUAUAUUAUGUAUAUAGAUGUAAUAUUGUUAUUGACAUCUGUCAAAAUGCAUAAUCCUCUUGCAGGUUUUUGAAUUCGUAAAUAAUAUCGUAACUAUGGGUGUCUGGAAAAAAAUCAUUAUUUAUUUCUUGUGUUUUGAAUAGUAAUCAUGAAGAUGGUGGAUACAUAUUUCAGUAUUCACUUCAUAUCUCUGUUUUUGUAUUGUGUGUUUUACAUUGUCCCAAAUGCUUUUACAGAAUUUCAUUGAUGAUCAGAACAGUCAUUUAUGAGAAAUGACUGUUAAAUGUGAUGAGUAAAUGUGUUGAAUCAGUGUUCUAUAUUGUUUCCUUUGUCAAUGAUAUUGCCACAAUGUCAUGAUUGCUUGUAUUUUUUUAUGAGAGAAUUAGUACCACAUAUUUUUGCACAUUGUAAUACACUUGAAAACAACUUAAGAGACUGAGUUGGUUUAUCUUUUGUGAUAACUACUACAAUGACUAUUGUAAAAUGCUGCAUUAUGCAAAGAAAAAAGAAUCUUAAUAAAAUUUAUUGUUUCAUGCAUUGUUGAUCUCAUUUAAUAAAGAAAUACUGGUAUUCUUUGUACCAGUGUAAAUAAGUUUAAAUUAUGUUAUUUCCUUCAACUUCAUGUAAUUGUGUUGAAAAUGGUGCUAUGAGGAAUACCAGAAUGUUGUGAAGUCUGCACAUGUUCUGAGGGUAAGUUGUCUUAACGCUUACAUUAAAUAUAUUAUGUGUUGUGUAGUAGGCUCAUUUGAUGACUGAUGUGAUCCUCAAAAUGUUUAGAGUGCAUCUGCAGGAAAGUGGAAGGAAGUGACGAUAUAAUAUUGCUACUAACAUAAUGGUGUUUGUAUGCUGAGUUCUCAAAAAUAAUGGUGUGAAAAUCAUUCUUGUAAUGAGUCGUACUUAUGUUGUCAUUUUGGUCUCUAAUUCAAAAGAUAGAACUUGUUCUUGUUCACAAUUGUUGUUAUAGUUAUAUGAACAAUUGUUGCUGUUUUCAUUGCAAAAUUAUUUUGUAAUUUCUGUGAAACAACUUAUUUUAUUGCAACUUUAGUGUUAAAUUAUUUGUAUAAUUGUGGCCAGAGUAUUUCUAUAAAAUGAGUGGUAUUUAAUUUUAAUUUCUUUCUUAUAAUCCUUCAAGGAUACCAAACAAAUUGAUAUCAAUUGUUCAGAUUUAUUUAUGUCAUUUGAGGUAAAAGGCACUGAAGCUACCAGCACAAAUCAGUAUGAUCAUUACAGUUCUAUAAAAGGAAAUGUCUGUGUAGGUGAGUACAUUGUUCUAUCCAAUGUUUUUGCUUUACAAGAGUUUUAUUGAUAUUAGAACUUAAUAUGCACUUUGGUAUUUGUCUGUUUUUCUGAAUUAUAUUAACUUUUUACAUAUUA